UGGCUCCAGUGCCCCCGCAUGGAUGCAAAUCAAUCGUAAUUAGCUGCUCUGUCGCAUUCCGUGGACGAGACGAGAGAGUCUGGCAGCAGAUCGACGACCAUGGCGACGACGAAGCCUCGCGGUUCCCUGAUGAUCAUCUUCUUCGUCCUACUCGCCUCAGCCGUUUCCUUGUUCGUCGACGGCGCCGGCAGCGUCGCCAAGGAGGCCUGCGCCAAGACGCCGCAGCCGAGCAACUGCGAGGAGCUCCUGUCGUCGAGCCCCGCGGCCGACGUAACGGCUCUGGCCCAGGCCGCCGUCGCCGCCGCCGCCAAGACCGCCACUGAGGCCGCCGCCGCCGCGCGCGCGGAGCGGGACAAGCUCCCCAACGGCAAGACGCAGUGGCGGUGCAUGGACAGCUGCGCGGCGGGGUUCGAGGAGGCCGCCACAAAGUUCAAGCCCGGCGCAGGUGGCCCCGCCGCGGGAGCCGGCGCGAAGCUUUUGGAGGUGCUAGACUUCGUGGUGCUGGAUGAGGAGAAGGAGAAGUCCAAGGACUGGGAGUGGAAGUGGAGCUGCAACGAGUGCAAGGCCGACCCGACCGCGCCGGCCGGGCUCGUCGUCAAGAACAAGGAGUUCGACAAGAUCAUGGAGUUUCUGCCUGCCAUCCUCAAGCAGACGCCCGCUGUUGUCGCAAAUUCCACCAAGCCGGCGGCCACCAAGGCCUAGAUGGAUGCCUACCGAAAAAUAGUCUACGAACGCCGAUGUCCGCGUGGAGGCGUCGUUGGGCCUGGCGAAUGGCGAUGAUCCUCGAAGGCGACGUAUUCUUCGGUGCCAUUCUCAACCUUCCGUUGCCAACGUGCCAUUCUUGUCUGGUCAACAACUCUAUAUAGCAGGGGUAGGCAAAUUGUAAUACAGAGCUGAUACUGAUCGUUGCAAGGCCGGCGACGCUGGCUUUUGCACGACCAUUAAUUUGUUUGGCAUUCUUUCUUCUUUCCUAGGAUGACCUUUUCAGCCUUAA